AUGUGGAGAUUAAAUUACAUGCUCCAGAACAACGAAUGGGUCAAAGAAGAAAUCAAAAGGGAGAUCAAGAGAGGCCUCACUAGGGAUCAUUGGCCACCUGCCCUAAACAGUUCCUGGGGGCUCUGCCACAGCCUCUAUCACUAUGUGAUCUGCUCUGGCCAUGGGAGUAAUGGGAAGGAUUCAGGGGGACCCAGGAGGCCUAGAAGUGGACUUGGUGGCCAUUUAGGAUGUGGCUGUGAACUUCACCCUGAAGGAGUGGGCUUUACUGGGUCCUUCAUAGAAGAAACUCUACAGAGAUGUGAUAAACUGCUAUACACAGAAACAGGAAACCACUCGGCGCUCCCAGUAUGUCCCCUCCUAGGACUUUCUGAGAAGCCAGAGAUUCAAUGUGUUUUCUUUGGGCUGUUCCUGUCUUUGUACCUGGUCACUGUUUUGGGGAUCCUGCUCAUCAUCCCGGCCAACAUUUCAGACUCCCACCUUCACACACCCAUAUACUUCUUCCUCUCCAACCUGUCCUAUUCUGACAUCUGUUUCACCUCCACCACCAUCCCAAAGAUGCUCCUGAACAUCCAGGUGCAGAGCAAAGGCAUUAGCUAUGCAGGCUGCAUCAUGCAGGUAUUUUUUUUCACAGGUUUUGGACUUUUGGACAAUUUACUCCUGACUGUGAUGGCCCAUGACCGUUUCGUGGCCAUCUGCCACCCGUUGCACUACACAGUCAUUAUGAACCCCCGCUUCUGUGCCCAGUUACUCCUCCUGUCCUGGCCCAUCAGUGUUCUUGGGGCCCUCCCUGAGAGUUUAACCAUGUUGUGGCUUUCUUUCUGUGCAGUCACUGAAAUCCUGCAGUAUUUAUGUGAACUCCCUGAGGUCCUCAAGCUCACCUGCUCUGACACUUUCAUCAAUAACAUUGUAUUAUAUAUUGUGACAGGCACUAUGGGCUUUUCUCCUCUCACUGGGAUCCUUUUUUCUUACUCUCAAAUCAUUUCUUGUGUACUGAGGAUCUCAGCAGGAGGGAAGUAUAGCAUGUUUUCCACCUGUGGGUCUCACCUCUCGGUUGUCUCCUUGUUCUGUGGGACCUGCCUGGGGGUCUCCCUCAGUUCCACGUGGACCACGUGGGUGUUUACCUCAGUCCUGUACACUGUGAUCACUCCCGUGAUGAACCCCGUCAUCUACAGCCUGAGGAGCAGGGUCAUGAAGAGGGCCUUUAGAAAGCCUGACUGCAGUGUAUCAUCUUCCCAAGACAACAGCAAAGACUCUGUGCCUGGACAAGUGUGA